UUGACGUUCCAGCUCAAGAAAUUCAGAACACUGCCCAGUUUCCUUGGCUGAGAGCAUAGGUUGGUCAGGCACCAUGCUGGUUGGCUACAGCCCUGUGACCCAGGCCCUGAUGGGGACUCUGUUCACUUGGGGUCUCACUGCUGCCGGGGCUUCCCUUGUUUUCAUCUUCUCCAGUAGACAGAAACGCGUCUUGGAUGGAAGUUUGGGUUUUGCUGCUGGGGUGAUGUUGGCUGCUUCUUAUUGGUCAUUGUUGGCGCCGGCAAUUGACAUGGCAGAGGAUUCUGGGAAAUACGGUGCCUUUGCCUUCCUGCCCGUAGCCGUGGGCUUCACUCUUGGAGCGGCAUUCGUCUACUUGGCUGACCUGGCUAUGCCUAUGCUGGGAGUCGGGACAGACCCCCAUGUGGCCUUAGCCCUCCCUGCAGAUUCCAAGUCAGCCAAAGAAAAGAUGGACGACCCCUUGUUCCUCCAGGCAGAUACUGAGGAGAUGAGCAUCAGGAUAGGUAGAGGAGGACCUCUCUCAGAUAAGAUUGAGAAUGGUGAGGUGCACCAAAGGAGGAGAGGGCCCCCCACAGGCGGCUCAGAGGAACAGGAAACAGGGAGCAGACAACAGGAAGAAAGAAGGCAGAAAGGGAACAGCUGGAGACGAAUCCUCCUCCUCAUCCUGGCCAUAACCAUCCACAACAUCCCAGAGGGUUUGGCCGUAGGUGUAGGAUUUGGGGCCAUUGGAAAGACCACAUCUGCCACGUUUGAGAGUGCCAGGAACUUAGCCAUUGGCAUUGGCAUUCAAAAUUUCCCAGAAGGUUUAGCGGUGAGUCUUCCUCUGAGGGGCUCCGGAAUAUCGACGUGGAGAGCCUUCUGGUACGGACAGUUGAGCGGGAUGGUGGAGCCCAUCGCAGGUCUGCUGGGUGCCCUCGCUGUGGUUUUGGCAGAACCUCUGCUGCCCUACGCUCUGGCCUUCGCCGCAGGGGCGAUGGUCUAUGUGGUGGUCGAUGACAUCAUACCUGAGGCUCAGGUCAGUGGGAACGGGAAGCUGGCAUCCUGGACCUCCAUCCUUGGCUUUGUGGUGAUGAUGUCACUGGACGUUGGGUUGGGUUGAUGAGGUCACAACAGCGGUGUGAUAUCAUCAGAGCACUGCUGACCUGCCAUAAAAAGGGACCAAAUAUUCUAAACACAAAAACUUUUUUUUGUCAAUUUAACCUCAGAAUGUUUAAGUCGUCUUUAAACCAAUCAGUUUCUCUGCCGCUUUAUGAAAGCCACAUAAAUCUAACCUUGAUUAUGUUGUUCCGUUUCUCUGCCGGCGAUAGCUUCGUCAUAGGAUUUAACAGUACUUGAAGGGAGAUGUUUGAUUUUGAUUCCGCUGUAAAAAGUGAAGACUUGUUUUAUUUUAUCUUUUUCCAUUUCCAAUUCCUUCUUUCCGUUCCUGUUUAGUGCUGAAUGCAUUUGUUCGGUUCUAAAGGUGAAGCAUCUGAUCUGCAGAGUUCAGCAAGCUUUUGCUUGGUAAACUGCUCGACCACAUCACUGUAAGACCAGGAGUGCUGGCUUACCUUCUAAGCAAUAAGAGCUGUUUUCUGUGGGGUUGAGCUGAACGAUGACUGGAUCAGAUUCACUGACACUUUACUUUUGACCGUCGGAUUUCACGUUUCGUUUUCUGGUGGCCAUCUGACUUUGUUUGAAUGUCUUCCUUUGUCGUCGUGUACUUUCAUAAACAGACGGUCAGAAGAGUGUUUUGUUUAAUCAUUAAAUGGCG